AGUAGUCAAUCAAGGAAAGUGGGAUACAAGAUAAGUUACAAUUAUGAAAGGCAUAUGUAACAAGUUUAAAAAAGAUCGGGUAAACAACAAGAAGAGAGCUCAAAGAGGUGCAAAACACACUAUAUAUCCUUAUGUUGUUCAAACUCACAAGGAGAGGAAUACUAGUCUUCGAGGAAGAAGAGAGCUCAAAGAGGUGCAAAACACACUAUAUACCCACGCUCGAUUUUGCGCUGUUCAUAUCGCCGGCGAGCUAACAAAACCACGCUCGAUUGACAUGUGGUUUUCACUCAUACUAUCAAAGUAAUGGAUUCCAAGCGCGUACACACACCUGAAAAGGCUACAACAGUGGGUAUGCAGAGUCUGAUUCAGAAAGUUAAUCACUCUGCUGAAUCUGUUAUCAGCCAUGGGGAUCUCUUGCAUCGAUCAGCGUACCCCUUUCUCAUGCGAUUGGCAGCGUCGUGAGGAGUUAAUUCGAAGCUAGGGUAUGUUCUUUGUUAUGGACGUGUAGAGUUUAUGACAGAUGAACGCUACUGAAGGUAAGGUUUGUUGUUUUGGUUUUCCGUUCCAGGUUUUUGAUUUGUGGUCUGUGUGUAUGUUUUCAUGGUUAACGGGUAAAAUGGCGAUAAUCUUAACAGCAUCAAUUACAGCAUCAAUUCAGCAGGUCAUGGUACAAUGUUAUGGACAUGCAGAGGUUAUCCGUACAUACAGUAUUCGUUAAUCGAAUACUCCGAUUAGUAAGAUGUUUUGGUGAUUAUAUGUUUUCCUGUUCUGCUUUUGAAUCUAUUUUAUGUGUAUGUGUUUUUCUGGAACUCAUUUAGUCAUUUUAACUACAUCAAUUUGCUGAAUAACUAAUUUCUUUCAAAAGAUAAAGUGAAGCACAGACAAAAUGCCAGCAAAUGGAUCAACAGGAUCAGAGAAACAGGGAGGGCGUUGACCGGGUGUUGACAAUCUCAUGACUAAUCUCCAACACAUGCCUCCUCAUACCAGUUCCUAGGCACCAGGUUUUUUUUUGGAAGUCUGCUAGCCUAUAGUUUUGUGAUUUGAAUCUUUCAUUCAUGUAUUGACAAAAGUAUAUUAUCUGUAAUCGUCACUAGGUGCAAUUUGUAUCCUGUAAGAUCUCAGAAUUUGUAUUUACCAUGUAUAUUUUUAAAUAGUACUACACUUUCCCACGAACAUAUCCCAACAAACUCCAGCCAAUGUAUCUGGCAAUAGAAGUUCAAUUCAAAAGCAAGCGACGUGGCAGUCGACCCGGCAUUAACAACAUCAUAACAAUCUUAAUACUACGUCUGAGCAUUUUGGCUUGCCACCAGUUCUUGAUAUUGCUGCGAAUAUAUCUAAACAAACUCCGGCCAGUGUCUCUGCAAGUAGAAGUUAUACAUACCUUCGACGAGGACGUGGACCAGGUUUUGACAAUGUAGUAAAAAUAUAUGCAGACUUCAAUUGAUCUUUCCAGUGUAAUUUCUCCAGUUCAACGUCGCAGAAGUAGGUGUCCUGUGAUCCAAUCUACAUCAGGGGUCAGAAGCUCUCACCAAUAUCCUGAGACACCUUAUCGACUUGAUGCCUCUCCUGAUGGCUUUCGGACUCCCUUAAGUAUUGUUACGGUUGAUGAAUCAAUCAAGAUUAAGCAAAAUCAUGAUCUAUUCAGUUUUCGUCCUCACUGUACUCAGUUGACAUGGGGACAUCACCUGCGCAGCAUCCAUUUACUUCCUCAUCUUCUACUUCACAGAUUGACCAGUCAGCUUCUAAGAUGGAUCAUAAUCCGGGUUCAAACGAGACAGGUAAAUUACCUAAGUACGCAGCAUCUGACCUUGAUGUGGCCAUGUGCUGAGCAGUGACCUUGAUUAUACAUCAUGAUUAUACAACAUGAUUGCUUGAAGAGCUCUCCAUUUUCCGGCUGGCCAAAGAACUUGAAAGAACCCACAUGUCCACAAGAGUUUUGGGAACAUCCGGUUAUGUAGCUCCAGAAUAUGCGGCUAGAGGUUAUCAAGUAUCAUUCCACAUAGUUAGUUGUCAAAAGGGUUCAACAUAUAGCAUAUGUUCUUUUGCGGUGUCCACCACUUCCGGACCUACCAUGGUUGCUUACCCCUGCAUUGAAAGAUAAUCAGUCUAUCUCUUAAUUUAUACUUAAUGUUUGGUUAAAAUAUUUGUACUUUUUGUUAAUAAAUUUUAUGGCCGUUUAAGAUUAGGGCAGAGUAGAAAAUCUUGAAAAACCCCUUCAGCAUGUGUUUAGAUAAGAAAUAAAUUAUCACUACUAGAAAAGCGGGCAUUUCCGACCAAAAUUUCCGACCGACCAAAGUGGUCGGAAAAAAAGCGGUCAUUUCCGACCGACUUACCGACCAACCGCGAUCGGUCGUAAAAAAUGGCGUCAUUUACGACCGCCAUUACCGACCGCACCAAAUCGGUCGGUUAUAAUGGGCGUGGGUCCCGCUAACCAACGUUCUUCAGCUGACAUGGACGCCACGUCGGUAAAACCGACCGACCCAUUUCCGACCGCCUGUGGUCAUUUCCGACCACCUUGACUGGUUUAAAAUAAUUGGUUUAGCUUUUAACUAGUUGUCGAGCUGUGAUUGGCUGAGUGGAGACGAGGUGGAGCCCAGAUUAUUUCCGACCGAUUUUGGCGGUCGAAAAUGACCUGCUUUAUUUCCGACCGAAUUGAAACCCGGGCGGUCGGUUUUGACUUCUUAAAAAAACAAUAAAUUCUAUUCGACUAAGUAAACUAUUUGAAAAAAACUAAAAAUAUUGUACAUCCGGAAAACCGACCACAUUCAAUAUAUUUCCGACCAAACUCAUAAUUUUAACACAGAAAACCGACCACAUGCAACACAUUUCCGACCAAACUCAUAAUUUUAACACAGAAAACCGACCAAAUUUAACUCAUUUCCGACCACAAACUCAAGUGCAGAAAACCGACCAUUUCGUUCUGUCAUUUCUGACCGAUUUAAAACCCUGGCGGUCGGUUUUGACUUGAGAGAAAAACAAAAAAAUUAUUCGGCCAAGUAAACUGCUUAAAAAAAAUUAAAAAAAUUGAAACUAGCUUUUAGUAAAUUAAUAAAUUAAUAAAAAAUUAUUCAUCACUUAAAAUUUGAUUUUUAAUUUUUUUUAUUUCUGUAACAAAGUAUAAAUACUAACUAACUGAUUUCAAAUUAAUUAUUCAAACAACAGAAAAAUGUAGAAUCUUUGUGAUAUGGUCUAAUUUAAGGUACUAAUCAUGAUAGCAAAAGAAUAAAAAUAUAAAAAAAAUUAUAAAGACACUAUUAUGUUACGAAUCAUGCAUUGCAGUGAAUGUCGGAGUUCGAGGUUUGGAUUUUAUCAGAAGUUAUCCUAGGGUGUAUACUUUCGAAAUAUCAAUUUGUUUUUUAGGCGAUCCAACCGUACGGAUCGUAAAUUAAGUAGUCAUAGUAGUUGUAUACCAAAAAUCAAAUCAAUAGGAUUUUAUCCGUUGAGAUAUUAUAACGAAAAUAUAAUGUUAUACUUUAAUAUAGACGUAGGGUUAUUUUUUUAUAAAAAAAUAAAUUUGUUUUUUAGGCGAUCCAACCGUACGGAUCGUAAAUUAAGUACUCAUUGUAGUUAUAUACCAAAAAUCAAGUCAAUGGGAUUUAAUCUGCUGAGAU